AUUGCCAUGGGUGCGCAUUACGCCAAGAUCUCCAAUCUCAACACGUCAUUUCAGAUUUUCUUCCAUGUCGUGGGGCGCAUUCCGCCCAUAGUUUACUGUAUCACAAUCUCACAUUUUCUUCCCUUCCUUUUUUUCUUCUUCUUUUUUUAGUUUUUAACUGUAAAAAAUUUGGUUUUUGUGUUGACAACUUGCAUUACCUUGGCACAGCACAAAAACCUUUUUGUGAGUGAGAGAGAGAGAGAGAGAGAGAAAGGGUGUCAGUGAUGCCCUUUUGCUUGAUUCCUCAUUUGUGAAGAUAACAAGAUUAUCAGGAUACAUAUCUGGGGGUAAUCUAAUUCACAAUAGCAAUGUUGAGUCGGUCUGCAUUUUCUAGAACUGGAAGUUUCAGGCCUGAGAAUUUGGGUCAGAAUGCCAUGGCUAUGAUUGGUAAUGUUUGUUUCUCUGUGUUUGUUAUUGGUGUAUUGGUCUUUACCAUUAUAGCUGCCACUUAUGAGCCAGAGGAUCCCUUGUUUCACCCUUCAACCAAGAUAACCACAUUUCUAACUUCCAAAUCCAAUGCCACUUUCAAGUCUGAUAACACUGUUGUUAGAACUGGGGAGGAUUUCAUGGCUGCCAAUGAAACUGUGUUUGGCUCCAUUAUUAACUCAACUGAUGUUGAAAACUUGGUUAAUGCCGAAUCCGGUGGUGGUGGUGAUGCUGCUGCAGCCUCUCAAUGUGAUGUGAGUGGCCCUAUUGAUUGUAGAGACCCUGAGGUUUUUCAUUUGAUGAUGAGGGCAACCAUUGAGAAGUUUCAGGAUAUCCAUUUUUACCGAUUUGGGAAACCGGUUCACGGUUCCAAUGAUAGUACUUGCGAUAUGGCAUGGCGGUUUAGGCCUAAGGAAGGAAAGGCUGCUGCAUUUUACAAGGAUUAUAGGAGGUUUGUGAUUGAUAGGUAUGAGAAUUGUACACUUAGUGUUGUUAGCAUUGGGGAAUACCAUACUGGUGUGAAUGCAAGGAAGAGGAAGAAGAAUCAGAAAGCUGGGCUAGAGAAGACACCACCGAAGCUGGACAUGUUAAAUGCCUUACCUGUUGUUGGAGAGGUUGUUAAUGACAGCCUCCCUGUAGUCGAGUCUGAAAAUUCGUUUAGUCAUGGUAAAUACUUGAUUUAUGUGGGUGGUGGAGACAGGUGUAAGAGCAUGAAUCAUUACUUGUGGAGUUUCUUGUGUGCCCUUGGGGAAGCUCAGUACCUAAACCGAACAUUGGUUAUGGAUUUGAGCAUAUGUCUGUCUUCAAUUUACACUUCAUCAAAGCAGGACGAAGAAGGAAAAGAUUUCAGAUUCUACUUUGAUUUUGAGCAUUUAAGGGAGGCGGCAUCUGUAUUGGACAAGGAUCAGUUUUGGGUGGAUUGGAAUAAGUGGCAACAAAAAGAUGGGAUGACACUUCAUCUUGUGGAGGAUUUCAGGGUCACCCCCAUGAAGCUUAUGGAAGUGAAGGAUGCUUUAAUCAUGAGAAAGUUUGGAUCUGUUGAGCCGGAUAACUACUGGUAUAGAGUCUGUGAAGGAGAAACAGAAUCCAUUGUUCAAAGGCCGUGGCAUUUGAUAUGGAAAUCAAGGCGGUUGAUGGAUAUAGUGUCUGCAAUAGCUUCAAGGUUAAACUGGGACUACGAUUCUGUUCAUGUUGUGAGAGGGGAAAAGGCAAAGAACAAGGAACUUUGGCCUAAUCUUGAUGCACAUACAUCUCCUGAUGCGCUUCUUUCAACUUUGCGGGACAAGAUUGAUGAAGGAAGGAACCUCUACAUAGCAACAAAUGAACGUGAUACAUCUUUCUUCGACCCUCUGAAAGAUAAGUAUACCACUCAUUUUCUUGACGAGUAUAAGGAUCUUUGGGAAGAAAAUAGUGAGUGGUACACUGAGACAACAAAACUCAAUAAUGGUAUUCCAGUAGAAUUUGAUGGUUACAUGAGAGUAUCCGUUGAUACAGAAGUGUUCUUGAGAGGUAAAAAGCAGCUAGAAACUUUCAAUGAUUUGACCAGUGAUUGCAAGGACGGUAUUAAUACCUGUAAUGUUGCAGCAAACUAAUGUGUGAAAUAUACUCACGUGUACUUUUAGCUGUUAUAUGUGUUGCAUUUGAGAAUUUGUAACCUUUAGUUUUAACAGUGAGGAGUAAAAUCGUUUUGUAUUGUAAGAGUAGUGGCUACUUUGAAGUUUUGUUAUUCUUAAUUGAAAUUUGUUUCGUGCUUAAAUACCCAAGUAUUAUCCGUGUAGAUGCUGAAACAAAAUUGCUUAUUUUGAUCCUAUUUUUUAUGUUGUGCUUACCCUUUUCUACGCUAAAUUUUCUAGAAAUUCCAAGGUAUAAUAAUAGCUAUUUUAAUUGU